AUGGCCGGGUUCAAGGCCAUCGCCGAGGCGCCCCGCUUCCUCUCGCGCCAAGACGCCGACGUCGCACAGCAGUCGACACCCGGCUCCUUUGCCGCACUCCCGCCCCUCCUCCGCCUCGAGCUCGAACAGGUCCGCAUCUACCUCUGCCCGCCGCCCGACAGCCUGCCCACCUGCUUUUCCAAGUACGAGUCGACGUCUGCCGCCGGGCAACAUGCGAACCCGGACGGGGAGGACGAGGAUCUGGACCACGACGCCGCUCAGACCGUCGUCGCCGAUGGCAAGCUGUGGCUGACCGAGUCCGAGCUCUCCUUCCUUGCACCGGGGUCAAGCAGCGGCUUCUCGGUCACCUACCCCACCAUCUCGCUGCAUGCCGUCACACGCUCGCCUCCCGCCGGCCUCGCUGCUCCGUGCCCGCCUUCAGCCUCGGCGUCUCAGCAGAACGGGCAAGAUCCGAGAUCCGGCGGGUGCCUCUACGUCCAGCUCGACCUCGCCGCCGAAGACGAGCAAGCGGACCAGGAUGACGAGGGUUCCCUGCUCGAGAUGCACGUCUUUACACCGGACGACGAGAGCCUCGACCAGCUCUUCGAGGCGCUUUCGCACUGCGCAUCGCUGCACCCCUCUGCCGGCGGCGGCGGCGACGGCGGCUCGCACCCCUUUUCCGGCUUCGCCCCCUUUGGCACCGGCGACCCAGACGCCAUGGCCGUCGACGGCGCCUUUGACGACGCCGACGAGGACGACGACGCCAUCGUGGCUGACGCGCAGCCCACCAACGGCGACGGCGCCGGCACAGCGGAGCUGAGCGAAGCAGGCAGGAAGAAGCUCGCGCACCUCGAUUCAGUCAUGGUCUGGCCGGAUUCCGAGGACGGAGAGGACUACGACGACGACGACGACGACGACGAGCGUGACGGGGCGACCCGGCGCGAUCUUGUCGACGCGGUCUCGGCGCUGGCCUCGACGAUGACGACGAGCGGCGGCCUCGAAGAUGCCGAGGGGGAGCCGACCAACACGCUGAUCCUGCGCAACCUGCCCGUCGAGUUUUUCGUUCCGUCGAUCUGCUCGGCGCUCCUCUCGCUGCUCAACGCCUACGGGACGCUGGUGCGCUGGAUCCCGAUGCCGACCGUGGGCCGGGCGGUGGUCGUGUUUGAGGAAGUCGAGGGCGCCAGGCUGGCAAAGGGCGGGCUGGACCGCCUGCUCUUGCCGUUCGAGGAGACUGGUCAGGAUGACGGGGCGGUGUCCGAAGGGCCGGAUGGGCCGCUGAGGGUUGACGAGGAUGCGCGGGCGCAGGCCGACGACUCGAUACUGCGCGCCGUGUACGGGCCCGCGGUAUCCUCGGACGAGGCCGAGGCGUCGACGCUGAGCGUGCCGACGACGGACAAAAACUUCCUCAUUAGUCCGCCGGGGAGCCCGCCGGUGGGCUGGGAGCCGAUCCGCGAGGACCCGCCGAACCGCGAUACCCUGGCCGACGACCUGAUGCGCGCGCUGGGCGAGCUGCGCGACACGCAGCGCCACAUCGAGAGCCACCAGCCCACUGACUGGGGUAGCGCGAGCCAAGACGACGUUCGAGCUGAAGCUCAAGACGGCGGCGGUUCGGGGGGUUUGAAGCCCUUGCGCGCCGUGCCCGCUCCCGAGGUCAUUCUCGCACCGUCGAUGGCGCCCGCCCUUCGCUCGUACCAACCGGCCUGGCUGCGAGGCGGCGGCGGCGGCGGCGGCGGCAGCAGCAGCAGCAGCAAAAGCAACACGGCAGGCCUGGCGCACCAGCUGCAACCGAAUUCGAGUUCUGGCGACGGCAAGGAAGGCGACGACGACGACGAACUCAUCCAGGUACCGGGCGUGACGGUACAGUCCUUCGAUCCGGUCGAAGACGGCGAGGGCCCCAAGACGCACCUGGGCUUCACGAUCAGCAGCGUCAAGGCGACGGUGGACAGCAUGCGCAGCCCGACGCUGCUGGCGCAGCAGGGGCACGCCAGCGACGUGCCGGCCCUGAAUGUUGGAGGCGGACUGGGAGAGGCAGGGGUGGGAGCGGGGGGAUACGGCGGAAGCAAGCGGAUCACGCCGACCAGUCGACCACCGCUCAGCGAUUGA